AUGUCAAACACUGUUCACCCCGAAGGACAAUUCCGUCCCCGCUCUCUAACUGGUCCAACAAAAUGUGAACAAAAAAAUUAUGAUGAAAAAUUUUUGGAUUUUUGGAAUAAAUGUGCUAUUGGUGAGGGCGUUGACAAGGAAAGCUUUCAAAAAUCAUUUGUUCGUCACGUGACCACCACUCUCGCUAGAUCAGCUUAUAAUGUUGAUGACUUUAGUGCAUAUCAAGCCACUGCUCACUCUGUUCGUGAUAGAUUAAUUAAACGAUGGAACCAUACUCAGCAAAGUCACACCGAUCUUGAACCGAAGCGUGUUUAUUAUCUAUCUUUGGAAUUUUUAUUGGGUAGAUCAUUAGAUAAUGCCCUUCUCAAUUUAGAGUUGAAGGACAGCUUCGGAGAAGGUGUCAACGAUUUGGGUUUCAGAAUGGAGGAUGUCCUUGACCAAGAAGUUGACGCUGCUCUUGGUAAUGGAGGUCUCGGUCGUCUUGCUGCUUGUUAUAUGGAUUCUCUGGCUACAUUAGAUUAUCCUGCAUGGGGAUAUGGACUCAGAUAUACUUAUGGUAUCUUCCAGCAAAGAUUAAAGGAUGGUUAUCAAGUAGAGUUACCUGAUUAUUGGCUGAAUUUCGAUAAUCCUUGGGAGUUGCCUCGUCUUGAUGUCGUUGUUGAUAUUCAAUUCGGUGGUUCUGUCCGCCAAAAGUUUGAUAAAAAAGGUCGUGUGCAACAUGUUUGGGAAAGCUCUGAUAUAGUAAAAGCUGUUGCUUACGACGUUCCUAUUCCUGGAUAUGGCUCCAAUAACUGCAUUAAUAUCCGCUUAUGGAGUAGUAAGCCAAAGUGUCAGUUUGAUCUUAGCCGAUUUCAUGAAGGUCAAUAUGAUAAGGCUGUUCAAGAGCAAAUGCAGGCAGAAAAUAUUACUGCUGUUCUUUAUCCAAAUGAUAACCAUAUGGUUGGUAAAGAAUUACGUCUUAAACAACAAUACUUCUGGGUCGCUGCUAGCUUAAGCGAUAUUGUUCGCCGAUUCAAGAAAACUACUAAACCGUUUGAUAUGUUUCCUGAUAAGGUUGCUAUCCAAUUGAAUGAUACACAUCCAAGUCUUGCCAUUGUUGAAUUACAAAGAAUCUUAGUUGAUAUUGAGGGUCUUGACUGGGAUAAGGCUUGGCAUAUCGUUACCCGUACAUUUUCGUUCACAAAUCACACUGUCCUUCCAGAAGCCAUGGAAAAAUGGCCCGUACCGAUGGUCAAACUGAAAACCAUCAAUAAAUAUACGAUUUAUGUUAUAAUUCCCUGCUUUAAGUUUUUCUUGCAAGAAGUUGAAAGAAAAUAUCCAGAUGAUAGAGAUCUUCUGGCCAAAUUAUCUAUAAUUGAAGAAUCUACGCCACAAAUGGCGCAUCUUGCUAUAGUUGGUUCACAUUACGUUAAUGGUGUUGCUGAAUUACAUUCACACUUGAUCAAAACAACUAUUUUCCAAGAUUUCGUUAAAUAUUACGGCUCUGAAAAGUUUGGUAAUGUAACCAAUGGAAUUACUCCACGAAGAUGGCUACAUCAAGCCAAUCCAAGACUAAGUGAUUUGAUUACAGAAGUUUUAGGCAACAAAGACUGGCUAAAAAAUUUAAGUUUGUUGAAGAAACUUGAGUCAUUUGCUGAUGACAAAGAUUUUAAAAAACGAUGGGCUGAGAUUAAGUAUUCUAACAAGGUUCGAUUAGCUGAACACAUCAUGGAGCAGACUGGGAUCAUUGUUAGCCCUGAUGCUUUGUUUGAUAUUCAAGUGAAAAGAAUUCAUGAAUAUAAGAGACAAUUAAUGAAUAUUUUAGGUGUUAUUCAUCGGUAUAAUUCCCUGAAGAAAAUGUCUUCAAAAGAAAAAUCACAAGUUGUUAAACGUGUUGUCAUCUUUGGUGGAAAAGCAGCUCCAGGCUAUUAUAUUGCAAAAUUGGUUAUCAAAUUAAUAAAUAGCGUCGCAGACGUUAUUAACCAAGACAAGUCUAUCGAUGAUACCUUAAAGGUAGUUUUCAUCCCUGAUUAUAAUGUAUCUGUUGCCGAAGUUAUUAUUCCAGCGUCAGACAUUUCACAACAUAUUUCAACGGCUGGCACUGAAGCUUCUGGUACUAGUAAUAUGAAAUUCGUCCUAAACGGCGGUUUAAUUCUUGGGACUGUUGACGGUGCAAAUAUUGAGAUUCAUGAAGAAAUUGGUGAUGAUAACAUAUUCAUGUUUGGACACUUGGCUGAUCAAGUUGAAGAUUUGAGGCAUGCUCAUAGGUAUCGCAAUGUACCAAUGGAACCUACACUACAAGAAGUUAUUAAAGAUAUCGAGUCUGCCCAUUAUGGCGAUCCACACAUAUUUGCUCCUCUAAUUGACACUUUAACUAGUGGAAAAGAUUACUAUUUAAUUUCGGAUGACUUUGGUUCAUAUCUUCAUGCACAGAGCCUAAUCGAUGAAGCGUACAAAGAUCAAGAUGAUUGGAUAAGAAAGA